GCGAAGUGUCACAAGUAUGAAUAUGCCCUGACUUCUGCAUAGGCAGUGUCACCCUAAAUGCAGCAAACCCAAUGCAGACGACAGAUUGACCAUGCAGCGCUUUUGAACACAAACUCACUUCCUUUGCAAUAGCGCUGCUCCACUAAGCGCAAGAAGUAUGAAAGCCCUGAUGUCUUUGGUGGCUGUAUCACGGUAAAUUAUGUACGGCCACUUCAGACGUCGGAUUGAUCAUGCAGAGCCCUACAACAUUUAGGAGCUGCACAGCGAUGCAGUACAGAGCACAAUUUGGCCUCUGCAUGCCACUGGAAGCUUCGCAAAUUGCGUCACACCCUCCAAAUGGAGUCUCCGGACACAUUUACAAAUCAAGCAUACAUUUGCUCUUAAUCCUCCUGUAGGGCCCAUUGCGACCAGCACUAGCAGGUCAAUGUACGACUAAAAUGAACGAGUCACUCAGAAAAAUGUAUCAUGACUCUCGAGGAACGAAUCGUUUGGGAAUUGUACAUCACUACACACAGCACUCUGAGAUUGAUUGCCCACAAGAGCGCACUCACCGCAUCCAAGUUAGGAAACGCAAGCCUACCCACUGGAACCAAUUUCGGCUACUGGACGCUUACUGGUGAUAUUGCUGCUUCCACUAUACUUUAUCAGGCGUGAAUUAAAGUCUAGCCUAACCUUACACCUGGGUAAUAUUUUUUGGGAGACACAGUAACCUUUUGAUGGAGUUUAUGGAAGAUGCAAUCGUUUGUUCUCCUUGCUUCUCUAUGUGGAUGCGUCCUCUGCUCAGGCUGGCCUUUUCAGAUGCAGUGUUACCACUGUGAAGAGACUCUGUUGGACAAUGACUGUUCAGCUCCAAAGUUCAUUGUCAACUGCACAGCAAACAUCCAGAAUGCCUGUCAGAAGGAGGUGAUUGUGGGUGAAAAUGGUGUGUCCUACAGGAAGACCUGUGCCUCUUUCUCCACCUGUCUGAUCGUAUCAGCAGGGUAUCAGUCCUUCUGCGUCCCGGGUCGGGUGGGCUCUGUCUGCAUCAGCUGCUGUAACACCCCCCUCUGCAACGGACCCCGCCCCCCCAGGAUUUCCCUGGCCCCCACCCAUCCUCCCACUAGACCCACUACUCUCCUCAUCAUCACUGUUGCCAUGGGAACACUUCCCUGAUGUGGACACUAGUAUUGGCUGGAUUGGAUAGAAGGUUCUCAGAUGUGGAGAUGCCUUGCGUUGGAGCCAACAGACACUGCCCUGAGAGAUGACUGGAAAAACAAGGUCUACUGUGGACAGAGAUUCUACAAUCUACCAACAGGGCUGACUGACACAUAUGGCUCCAUUGACCAAAAAGAGUGACAAACAGAAGUGAAAUUGGUCUACAAAGAUAACAUAUAUAAUUGUUUUAAGAUGCUCAAACCAUGGAUCAUUAAGCAAUUUGAUUUUGAAUUUUAGAACCACUAUGUAUCAAAAAAUAUAUUAAAAAAAUAAAAUAAAUAUUGAAUUUGGCCUUUACUACUAUAGCCCAUAGAAACACAUUGAAUAACACAUUCAUACAUGGCAAAAAAAGAUAAAUAAAUCAUAAGGAAUAUGGUUUAAGUGUCUGUCCUAAUAUCUAGGAGAUAAGAAAGCUUAGGAAAUUAUUAUUUUUUUUUUUACAUAUUUAACUGCUUUUUUGUUGCCACAAAACUACCUCCAUUCAUUUGUACGGGUUACCUUGAGACAAGUCCCAUGACAUUUGUAUGGGUUACCUUGAGACAAGCCCCAUGACAUUUGUAUGGGUUACCUUGAGACAAGCCCCAUGACACUCGUGGGGGUUACCUUGAGACAAGCCCCAUGACAUUUGUAUGGGUUACCUUGAGACAAGCCCCAUGACAUUUGUAUGGGUUACCUUGAGACAAGCCCCAUGACACUUGUGGGGGUUACCUUGAGACAAGCCCCAUAACACUCGUGGGGGUUACCUUGAGACAAGCCCCAUGACAUUUGUAUGGGUUACCUUGAGACAAGUCCCAUGACACUUGUGGGGGUUACCUUGAGACAAGCCCCAUGACACUUGUGGGGGAUACCUUGAGACAAGUCCCAUGACACUUGUGGGGGAUACCUUGAGACAAGCCCCAUGACAUUUGUAUGGGUUACCUUGAGACAAGUCCCAUGACACUUGUGGGGGUUACCUUGAGACAAGCCCCAUGACAUUUGUAUGGGUUACCUUGAGACAAGCCCCAUGACACUUGUGGGGUUUACCUUGAGACAAGCCCCAUGACAUUUGUAUGUCUUUUGACCACUCUUUCCAUAGUGGUCAAAAUAGUUAAAGGCCAAACUGUUAGGAUGCUACAGAGGUUUUUGUGAGAAUACCGACUUUUGGGAUGUCUCCUGGUCUGACAGUCCUGUAGCCACUUUCCACCGCAGAUUUGGAAGGCUGACAAAGGCUGAUGUGUUGGAUUGAGAUGAAGCCCAUGCAAAAAAUAAUCAUCUUAAACUGACAGAUUUUGUAUGGGAUGUUUUUAUCAUGUUAAUUAGAUUGAUGCACAGGUGCGUCAAUAGACUAAGGAUUAAAAGACCCUUGGGAUGUGUGUGAUACUUUGCAACCCAUAAAAAAAAAUCAUAAUGAACAUAAAUUACA